CAACGCAGAGUACGUGUCGAACAUCGCUCCGUCUUUAUAGUGUGUUUUAAGAAAAAGAAAGCAGGAGGGAAAUACAAAAUUAGUGUGAUGAUAAUUCUAUAGAUUGGUGACAACAGGAAUUGUUAUCUAGCCGGGAAAUGCAAAUUUGGGAAUAGCUGAAGUACAUUUCUAUAAUCAUGUGUAUCAACGACGUUGUGACAAGCAAGCAUUGACGUGGAUGGAAUCUGUUGACGUGUAGCGAAUUCGACAGCGUCGGAACACAGGUGUCGACGAUCGAUAAAUUAUGGAAGAGGAUACCGAAUAUCGAUGUUCGGCAUGCAAGAAGGCUAUUAAAACUGAAGUAGUACAAUGCAAAUCAUGCGUUAAACUGUUUUACCAUCCAGGCUGUGUUAGUAAACACAAAAUUUAUAGAAAUAAUGAACUAGUACCGUGCCAGAGUCCCUUUGCAAAAUUUGGGAUAAAGAGUGAAAUUGGAGAAGCAAAGAAAACGGCAAAUAGCAACAGAGAUAGGCUAGGAUCGGCGGGAGCAUCUGGAAGACCAAGCACAAGUACGAGUAGAUUGAAAAAUAUGGACCUAAAAAUUGAUUGGCUCAUGAGAACAAUAAAAGAAAUAAAAGACGAGACUAUAUGUAAGAAAGAAAUUAAAGUGAUGAUAAAAGAAGUUAUCCAGCAUGAGUUAAAGAAUAUCAAAGAAGAGCUAGAAGAAGUAAAAAGGAUGCUGUUUACUGGACCUAUUCAUCAAGAGGAGCACAGAAGAAUUAUAGUGAGAUAGUUAAAGAAAAGAAGAAAGAAAAUGUUAUAAUUGUUAAAUCUAAGGUUCAGCAAGAAAAUGUUGAAACGGCUAUGUUAAUAAAAAAGAAAGUAGAUAUAAAGAAUAUGGAAUUGGGAGUAACACACAUAAGGAAAGGAAACAAUGGUACAGUUAUCUUGAGAUGUGAGACUGGAGAAGAAUGGCAAAAUUGAAAACUACAGUGCAAAGCAAGCUAGGUGAUGACUUUAAAGUUACUGAGUCACUACAAAUGAAGCCGAAAGUAAAAAUUGUUUAUAUUGACGAAGAAGAAUGGAACUUGAGUGAUAAAGAAUUAAUUGAUUCAAUCAAAAAGCAGAAUAAACUUGGGACACAAGAAGAAAGUAAUAUGAGAAUAAUGAAAAGAUUAAAAAUCUAAUAGAAGAGGUAAAACAGAAGGCGCCAUAAUAAUUGAACUAGAUGAAAAAACCCAUGAAUUAAUGUUAAGCCAAGGAAAAAUAAAUAUAGAAUGGAAAAGAUGUCUUGUAUUUAAUCAUAUCAGUAUCAAGAGAUGCUUUAAAUGCUGGGACUAUCACCAUUUUGCGAAAUACUGUACGCGAAAUAAGGCGUGCCAUAAAUGUGCAGGUAAUCACAAAUCAAAUGAGUAUACAACAUAUGAGAAGAAAUGUAUAAAUUGGAUGUAUAAAAACCAAACAUACAACCUGAAGAUAAAAGAUGACUAUGAUGCACUGAGCCCGGAAUGUCCCGACGUUCAAGAAAGUUCUACGUUCAAGAGGAGAAGAGAAGGCCCGGCUGGGAGGAUGCAAAAUAGCAAUCACAGAAAGAAGAGGAACUGAUACUGUAUACAAAUGCGCAAAGUUUGAUAGCGCAUAAAGAUGAAAUACGUAAUCAAGUUAUAAAGAAGAUUCAUCCAGCAGUUAUAGCAUUGUUUGAAACGAGGCUGAUAGUCGGAAAUAGAAGAUAGUAAAGUGAAUGUGCUAGCUUAUGAUAUAAUCAGAUGUGAUGGAGAGAACAGAAAUACAAGAGGUGCAAUAUUAUAUCUAAAAGGAGACAUUAAAUAUGAAUUGAUAUGGAUUAAAUCUAUAAGUGCGAAUUGUUGGUGCGUUGCGAUAGAUGUAAGAAAAGAAUUUUAUAAAGGCGUGCUGAUGGUAGUAUAUCACUCACCGAGUGCCUUUGAUGGCGAUUUUCUGAGAUUUUUAGAGGAAGCUGUAGAGGAUUUAGUGAUAAAGGUAGAAUGUAUGAUAGUAGGAGAUUUUAACAUAGAUUUUAAGAUAGAUUUAUUUUACACAAAUAAAUUACGAACAAUAAUGUUUAGUCUAGGUAUGAAACAACUAGUUAAUAGUUUGACGAGGAUUAUGAAAGACAGUCAGCAAUGAUAGACUUAGUUUUUGCUAAUAAUGUGGCACAGGUACAUGUGGUUCAUGAGCCGAAAAUAACAGACCAUAUGUGGAUAAAAAUUGCGUUAGGAAAGAAAAAAAAAGUUAAUAGAUAUAGAGUAUUUACUG